UUAGUGUCACCUCUGAGCUGGGGCAGUCCAAAAUCCACAUUUAAGGGGGGAUAAAUAAAUUUUUAUAGCCAAACUACUUGUUGUUUUGCGAGUUUAAUUUUAUGUUUGAUAAUUCAUUUUAUGUUUUAUAUUUUAAUUAAACAUUAAUUAAGUGAAUUAAUUCAACAACAGGGAAUAUAUGCUUAUAAUGUUAAAAAAGUCAUCCUAAUUCGUGGAAUGUGCCUUAUUUUAAAUUUCCAGACUGAAUUUAAAUGGCGAUGGUAUGGCGACAAUCAUCUAUAUCAGUUCAAUAACAUGAAUCGUGUAAAAGCAAUCUGUGUCUGGUCAGUGUUUCGUCUCUCUCGAAAUUUCAGUGAGAAAUGCAAAAUAUUUGCGCCGCCUUGUUGUCUCGAAUGGAGUCGCGGCACUUCAACGUCACAUGAUCAUCGAGUCACAUGACUUUGUUUUGGCGAAAAUGACAGCUAGCGUUACAGCAUCUACUAUUUAUUUAUGUACUGUUUUUAUUGUUUUAUUCAAUGUAUAUGUCGACAGCCAGGAUACUGACGCACAGUUAUGUCAAAUGUGUGAAGGGACUGUACGACAAGACAGUCCUGUCUGGGAUUUCUGCCUAACAAAAGGCCAUAUUAGGGGACGCUGCUGUUUUGAAAAUAAUAAUACCAGCAAUGUAGACACUAUUAUAGGGUUGGACUUGGCAAACUGCUCUAUUAGUCAUGUAGAGCACCUGUAUAAUUCAUCCACAGCAUUCAUAAUAGACCUCUCCAACAACCCGAUCUCCAAUCUGAGCAAUUUCAUAUUUCAGGGUUUCAGCCAUCUUUCCCAACUUUUUCUACCCUCAAAACUGGAGUGUCCAGGGGGCAAUGCAUCCUGGGAGAAGGUUGAAAUGAAAAACAAUGCCAAAAUCUGCGAAGGACAGAAAGAUAUUUGCAAUCAGACUGUGCAGAUACCCUGGGAUUGCCCUGAAAACUCAUUCUGCAGUCCAUAUGGACCAGGGUUCUUUGAGUGUAGCUGUCUGCAUAAUUUCCAUGGAUACAAGUGCAUGAGACAGGGCGAGUUUCCUAUAUUUAAGGUGCUUGGGAUACUAACCGGAUCUACAGUUGUGGUUUCAACUUUACUCUGGUUCACACAAAGGCGAAAGGUCAAGAACACUUGAGUUUAAAAGAAAACUGACUGUUGGGCUGACAGUGGAGCCACAAAAUGCACCAAGCUUACUGAAAAUGGUGCAGGAGACACCAAAGAGUUUCAUACACUGGACAGUAUAACCAUCUGCAGAACAUUUGAGUUGCUUGUUUCUUAAACUUGCCAAAAGCAGGUUUGCAUGACUCUUAUUUUUAUUUUUUUUAAAUGAACAAGUUUGUAAUCAAGUUUGUUGAAUGUUUCACUUUCUUUUAACCCUCAAGGUCCUUAAAUCUUUUUAUUUAUACAUUUUUUGAAAGCUUUCAUGAAUACUGACUCAUUUUCACAGCUACGACAAGGCUGGUCUGUAAAGUAAAAACUGACCGUAGACUGACCUCGCCGAUUGUGUUUGGAGGGCAGCCACAUUUCUGACAAAUGUUUAGACUCCAAACAUGUCAAAGUGAAGCACUGAUGUAUUUUAACAAUGAUUAUUAAGGACAAAUAUUUUGUGUUGCUUUAAGACAAAAAUUAUCUUCGUUUUUAAAGAUGUUUACUUAAGUGUUUACUUAAAAAUUAGCGUUUUUUUACGUAGAAAAAGAAUUAAUUUUACUAAAGAUGGGGAAAUGGAUGUUGUAGGUCUUGUUAUUUGUGAAAAUUGUAGAUCGUUACUGCCACAUCCUGCUGUUUAUAGAUGUAACAUGUUAUAUCCUAACUGAUGAUCCUUCAACCUCUGUAACAGCAUACUUUUCUCUUUUUGGCAGUUUAAGAGUGUAAAAGGGAAUCUGUUUUAUCUGAGAUAUAUAGACGGACACACUAUUAGUAGAAUACUGACAUACGUAAAUUACAUUAUGCAGGUUUUUGUCAAUAAUGUAGUAUUGUGGUAGGGAAUUAAGCAUGUACCUUGGCAGCCUGGUACCUAAAAUAAAGAUUUGUCACAAUAUCACAUAGAAUCAGCCAACAGCAGUUUUUUUUUUUUUAUCUAAACCAUUUAUUUUUCUGUAGCGUUUCCAAGGUUUUGGUAAUACAAACAAAACCUCUUAUGCAACACACUCAGUUUUGCAUGAUCUUACACACAUUUGCACCAUGUUCUUUUUCCAUUUUUCACAUCUAUGAAAGGACUUCGGCAACAGAAACGAUCCAAAAAGGAUGAU